CCUUGUCCAUCAACAAAGCUUACAGAUACUCGCUAUGGCUUUUCACGUGAGUGCACUUCUCUUGGUGACAGUCAUUGGACUAGCAAAGUCUGCCGAUUUGGAAUUUCACAAGAGACCCGAAUGGUCGUACCAGACAGAAAUAGAUUCCGACAUCGAGAUCCACUGCAACGACACUGAUGCCCUUGUGCAACCUGGCGACGUGGUUAAAUGGCACUCGCCGAAAGGUAUGGAAAUCAUGACGAGCAGUGACAAGUACCGCUUGUCAGACACAGGGACGGUUCCCGGAAUCACGCUAAUGGUCAAGAAAAUACAGAAUGAAGACAGUGGCGUCUACCUCUGCAUGGUUCACAGAAGUUCGGUUUUUGUCCAAAAGAUCAACCGUGCAAUCAACUUAUAUCAACCCACAGUUCGGGACAAGUUCGACAUUUACCGGAACAACGUCAUGGUUGGCGGUAUUGCAGCUGCCGUCUUCUGCGUGCCGCUUGUUUUGAUGUGCGCUAUCUACAAGUGUCGCUACAAGAGCAACGAAGAGCAGGAUGCGUCGAAACAUGCCAAGUAUAUGCUGAGAAGACAGCGUGACGCUGAGGCGGGAGAUAUUCCCCAGAAAUUUGCUCCCCAGAACGGCGCCACCGCCUAUGAUAAUCCAAGUUUCAUAGAAGCCGAAUCCACACAUCUGUAAAUAACAACAAUAACUACGCCGCCCCACUACUUCUGAGCCUUAACAUGUAGUGUCACCAGGAUAUUAUACUUGAUACAUGUCAUAUCAAAAAGGGUUUUAAAGCAAACUCGAAGAGAAGCCUUUUGUCAUCUUGCGUGGUCUAUUACUGGCAUAGAUUAGGGGAGGGAAGAAAGGCGCUAGACUUGCAAGGGAUUCUUUCGACUUUAUACAUUUUAAAAUUCUUCGUAAUUUUUACCCUUACUCUUUUUACCAUGAUAUGAUGUACCAUUUUUUGUUUAAUCGAAAGUAUAUUUUUGGUAUCUUAUUUUUUGUAGUUUUUCAACUUAGUAUCCGACUUUAUAUACAGCUUUCAGUAUUUAACCUUUUUCGUAUUAAUAUCUGCUUUAUACACCCUACUUGUCGAGUAAAAUUGUACUGUCUGUGUACCACGUCUAUAACUAGUGUUGGUAUUGGUGCUUUCUCUUGAGAGACUUCAAGAGAGACAUUUCCCUGCAACCCGAAACACGUUGAGAAGUAUAAUGUUACUUACUUGUAUGUUUUUUCGAGUGUUUUUUUCUUAUCACUGUAUCCAAUAUACGUCCACUUAGAAAUGUACAUCUACUUUCGUCAAUAAAUCGCAAGAGAUUCCGUGACAUUUGAUUGGCUAAGCAAGCAAUAUGUUUUGUGGAUAUGUUUUCAUAAACCAAAACAAGUCCAUGCCCAUGAACGGACUACUGGUUAAUUAUUGCUGAUAGUAGAAAGGGCGAUCUUGUGUUGCAUUAGGCGCUGAAAUAUCUCAUUGAUUUCGUAUUGCUGUCUCAGUUUUGGUGGUUAUCGAUGUAAUAAGCAGUCUGUGAAACUAUUAUUUUUGACGUAUAUAUUUACAUGAAUUUGCUUCAAUAUUUUUUUGCGUUUGUGUAGUUAUGAAUGUAAAGACCUGUUCUCAUUUUGCUUAAACUACACGGAUUUACUCAGUGUGUAUACCGAUAUACCCCCACGAACGCAACAAAUAUUGAAGUAAAUUCGUCAAUAAUCUUUUACAAUAUACUUGAAUCUCACGCAUAAUAGCAUGACAUUAUUAUCCACUGCCGCGGGGGAAAAGGGAACGGAUUUCGUCCGUCUGUCCCUCCGUCCGAUUCUCAAAGGGGGCAAAGUUUCUCAAAAACUAUUUCAGUCCGAGAAAUGAAAGUGUACACACUGAUGUAACUGGUCAUAAUCUCAAAAGAAUUCGAAAUUUGGUGUCGUAAAUUCUUUUGUUACAGAGUUAUGGCCCUUGCUCCGUGCUCUUCAACUUAGUGCAUACUGCGUGAAAAGGGGGCAAGUUUUCUCAGAAACAACUUAAGUUACAUGAAUGAAAGUUUGCAUACCUAUCCUAGGUUGUCUGUGGAGGCUUCUGUAAAAUGGGAAGCACGUGUUCGUAUGUUAUUGUUCCUAAAGGGUUCCUGGAAGUCUCAACAAUAUUAGUCUGUGACGUUUGUUUUCAUCUCUUCACCCAUCAUGUCCUACUACAUUCUUGUCCAACAAAUCAAAUACCUUCUUGCUUUCGUGACCACUCGUCGCAUUCCGGCACAAGCCGAAUGGCUUCUUGCAGCAUUCGUCAUCCACUCGUGUCUUUCCGGGAGACUUGCUUUUCAUUUAUGACCACCGCUCGUGUCUUUCCUGGACAAGCGGAAUGACUACUCGCGGAAUGGCACGAAUGUUACGGAAAGCUUACGGAGAGAUACGAGGUGGCGGAUAAAUACGAAAUGUGACUAAAACUGACUUGUUCUCGGCACUAUAAAACUGCGAACGUGCACACGUCUAUGUUAAAGUAGAUAUAUAUACGAGUUAACGUUGCCCUCCUGGGGAUUGUGUGUUGAAGGGAACCCAGUUUCCCCCGGGGUUGUUUUCCUCUGUACUAUCCUAAAUAGGUUCAUUCUUGCCAUCACAUAUUUCAGUGUAGUGCAUUGAAAUGUUUAAUAAUUCGAUAUUAGGUUGUGUGUAUUGUAUAGAUAAUGCAAUAAAUAUCUUGC